AUGAGGAUGGAUAAGAGAUCUCGAAGCUCUUCCAGGGAGUCCCAUAGGAGAAAGAGAGAGUCUCCAGCUACACAGAGGAAACGGGAGAAGAGGGAGAGAAGCAAAGAAGCCAGCAAAGAAAUAGGAGAUAUAAGGCAGGAGAAAACAAAGGAGAUUAAGAGCACUGUAGGCACUGAUGGUAGGGUGCAUACAUCCACAGUGGUGGACGUGGAUGAUGUGAUCUCUGAUGAAGAAAUGGAGGCAAUGAUGUUGCUGGACAGCGAGCAUCAAGAAGAAGGUAUGAAGUCUCCCGGUCUCAACAUCUGUGAGUGGCUUCUGACUGUAUUGUCUUUCCUGUUCAUCGUAAUGACUUUCCCCAUUUCUGUCUGGUUCUGCAUGAAGGUAGUGCGGGAGUAUGAGAGAGCCAUUGUUUUCCGGCUUGGGCAUCUCCUUCCUGGCAGGGCCAAAGGGCCUGGUCUUUUCUUUUUCCUUCCCUGCCUGGACACAUACCACAAAGUGGACCUCCGCCUCAAAACCCUAGAGAUCCCCUUCCACCAGGUGGUGACUAAAGACAUGGUUACACUGGAGAUAGAUGCUGUCUGCUAUUACCGCUUGGAGAACGCCUCUCUUCUCCUCACCACCCUCACCAGCAUCUCCAGUGCCAUCCAGCUGCUGGUGCAAACCACCACAAAGCGCCUCCUGGCACAUCGAGCCUUCUCUGAACUUCUGUUGGAGAGAAAGAGCAUCAGCCAGGAGAUAAAGGUGGCUUUGGAUGCGGUCACAGGCUGCUGGGGGAUCAAAGUGGAGAGAACAGAAAUCAACAACGUGCAGCUGCCUGCUGAAGUCCAGCAGUCCUUGGCCGUGGAAGCAGAAGCCCAGAGGCAGGCCAAAGUGCGGGUGAUUGCUGCUGAGGGGGAGAAGGCGGCUUCUGAGUCCCUGCGGAUGGCAGCUGAGAUCCUGUCCAGUGCCCCUGCUGCUGCUCAGCUCCGUUACCUUCAUGCACUGCACUCCCUCGCUGCAGAGAAACCUGCUGCCUUCAUCUUACCCUUACCUUUGGAUCCGACAAAUCUGGUCUCUCCAGCUACCCGCAGCCCUCCAGGAGUGAGCAGCAUCAUCACAGACACCUCACAGCUCCCAGAAAGCGUGAAAGACAAGAAGGACUCACCCAUGCUGUAA